GUCACUUCCUUGUUUGUCUGACUGAUUCUCUCUGUCUGCCUCUCCUCAGACUGACGAUGGCUGAAGCGCAGCUGUUUGUAUCAGAGGAUGAGUUCACCUGCUCGGUGUGUCUGGACACCCUGAUUGACCCCGUCACCAUCCUCUGUGGACAUAAUUUCUGUCUGAAGUGCCUCACGGACUGCUGGGAUCAGAAUCAAGAGUGCAGCUGUCCUCAGUGCAGACACACCUUCACCACAAGGCCUGAGCUGAACAAAAACACUCUGCUGAAUGAAGUCGUUAAGAAAUUAAAGAAGACGGCACUCAGUCCUCCUCAGUCUCAGAGUUAUGCUGGCCCUGGAGAUGUGGAGUGUGACUUCUGUACUGGGAAGAAGUUCAGAGCAGUGAAGUCCUGUCUAACCUGCAUGGCCUCCUACUGUCAGACUCACCUGCAGCCUCACUAUGAAGGAGAUGCCUGGAAGGGACACAAGCUGGUUGAUCCUGAUAGAAAUCUGAAGGAGAAACUCUGUGAGAAACAUCAGAAAAGUCUGGAGAUGUUUUGCAAAACUGAUGAGACCUGUAUCUGCUUGAUGUGUGUGGUGACUGGACAUAAAAAUCAUGAAAUAGUCGAGCUGGAGAUGGAAAGAGAAGAAAAAGAGAAACAGCUAGGGGCGACACUGAGUGACAUCAAGAGGAGACUUGAGGAGAGAGAGAAGACACUGAAGGAGACGAGGAGGGCGAUGGAGGAGAUGAAGAUUUCUGUGGAAAGAGUUGUGGAAGAAAAUGAGAACAGCUUCACUGCUCUGAUACGGUGCAUUGAGGAAGUGCACAGGAAACUGACUGAGAGGAAAAGAGGGGUCUCGUCUUGUGUCUUGGUGACAUUCAAAACCCUGCUGCUCAAGACCCCCGAGACAGUGGAAAUGACCAUUGACUUUCACAAACAGCAGUCACAACCUCUAACACUAGAAAUCAAUGAUUCAGCAGUCAAUAUGGUGGACUCCUUCAACGUUCAGAGCACAACAAUCACAGACACUCUCAGCUGGGACAUGAACACCACCACAUCACUAAGAAGACCACCAUGGACUCAUCUCAGCAGCUCGUCACUUCUUCACACAAACUCUCAAGCACGCUUCGCUCCCAGUCCCAUUACACACUUCCAGAUUUCCUCACUUGUUUUCUUUUCUGUCCUUUCAGACUUCUGUCCCCUCACACUGGACAUCAACACAGCACACACAUGGCUCCAUCUGUCUGAAGGGAACAAGAAGGUGACACGUGAGAGUGCAAAAACCGAAUAUCCUGAUCAUCCUGACAGAUUUGACUGCUGGGAACAAGUUCUGUGCAAAGAGGCAUUGACUGGGACUCGCUGUUACUGGGAGGUGGAGUGCAGUGGAUAUGUUGUGGAUAUUGGAGUUGCAUAUAAAGGACUGAGAAGGAAAGGACGGGGCGAGGAGUGCGGCCUUGGAUACAACAACAAGUCCUGGAGUUUGCAGUGGUUUAUUUCCAGGUACUCUGUGCAUCACAAUAACAAGGGGAUGGUAAUCAGUGGCCCCUACAGCCCCAGAAUAGGUGUGUAUCUGGACUGGCCUGCUGGCUCUCUGUCAUUUUAUAGCGUCUCACACACAAUGACCCUCCUGCACAGGUUCAACACCUCCUUCACUGAGCCCCUCUAUCCAGGGUUUAGUGUUGGUCUUAACUGCAGUGUAACAAUCAGCCAUCUGACACCAUGUGACCACUGACCAGUACCCUUUACGUGUCAUUUGAUAUCCCCACAAGCGCAGGUGUCUUUGUGUUUGGGGUGAAAUUAAAUUUAAAGGAUUGGGGGCUUGGGGGGGCACCUCUGUGAUUGAAUUUUUGAAUGAUAAUGUGGGACGAGUGCGGCUGUCAGGGUGUCCACUAUUAUUGGGGUUUGAUUAGCCAAUCAGAUGUGUGUGUCUUAAUAAGGGGCGGUGACACCUCAGACCAGUCUGACCAGUAGGGGUCACUGUUGAUUCACAGCCACAUGUCCUUCAGGCUGACACCCCAACAACUACUGAGGCCCCCAAGUGUCACUGAAUGUCACCUGUUAAGUAGGAGGCAUGUGGUCCUGCUGGAUCACCACAACUGAAAGGCGCUAUACAGACUCAGUAUGUACUGGCACCCCCUCCAGAGUUGGCCCACCUCGUCCACAAACCUGAAAUUGAAAAGCAGAUAACAAAGACAAGGAAUGGACAGAAGGGGUCACUGAUUGGUCAGUCGCCAAACUACUGCCUCUUGUGGCCACUCUAAAUUUUACACAGCAAUUAAUACAAAAAGGAAAUUUAAAAGAUAAAAGCAGAAAGCAUUCCAUGAAAUCCUGAGCAGUAAAACAUGAAAGGAGAGAAUGAGAAACAAUCAGAGAGUCAGACGAAUGGAGACUUUAACAGGAGGACUGAGGGGUGGGACUGAAGUGCAGUGGACACCCGCCAUAUUACACACAUGGGAAAGGUCAGCAGUGAAGGGGGGAGAACAGAAUACAGUGCAGUGGAAAAGAAAUAAGAAUAAAGUAAAAACACAAGAAUAAAAUAAAGAACUUUAAAUAUUAUAUCUAAAACUAAUUAAGAUUUAAAUGAAUUAAGAGUAAAAUAAGGGUGACGCGAUCACACAGUCACAUGACCUUCAGAGCUGACAGGUGAGCUGAUUCUUCUGUAGCCAAACUGCCCCCUCUAGUGGCCACUCUCAAUAUUAAAUGAAUGGCAAGGCUGAGGGGGAGGAAAGAUUUGGGUUUGAUCAAAUGGAUAUUUAGUGGAAAUUUCUUAAUAUUGUCAUUAGCUUUAAGGAGAGUGCGACUUUGUUAGGUUGUGUAAGAUUCUUGUCAUAAAGUCCUUAGCCAAGUUAAAUGGCGACCUCUAUUGGCAUAGCUUUAGAACGCAGUUGUGGAACUUUUUCUUACGUACUUCCAGGUGAAAGUUCAUGCUUUGCUAUUUUUUCGUUGAUUUGUUUACUUACUGCAUGUUGUAAGAUCAGUUUGCCCUUUUCCCAUUUAACCUGAGCCAUUAAUGCUGUGCGUUCUUGCGGAAAAGUAGGUUUAUUCUCGAUAAUUUGGUAGCAGUGCUACUACUAUGAAUUUAAACUGCAUCUCCCAGCAGUCCCUGGUGGUCAAAGUAGUUUAAAAGGAGGGCAGGUGGCCAAAGGAAAGAAAGUGUGUUUUAUUGUUGUAUUUUGGUUCAGUUUAACUGUGAGACUGCUUUCUGUUGUUUAAGCCGUAAUUAGUUUUGUGUUAUUCAUUGUUGGAGUCGGGAUUGUCUUCUGUCUACCUGUGUCCUGAAGAUUGAUUAUGGAUUCAUUGGCUUCCCCGCAAGAAAAGGAGCGCUCCUGAACCAUCCAUCCAUCUUCACCCUUACAGUGGCUACCGGUAGGACUGUUUUUCAUUCCCUUGCAGCGUGCAGGUCUCUGGACUCACUAUCAUCAUCUAUCAUUUCAUCCGGUGUUGUUUCCAUUGACUUUGCUGUGUGAAGUUGUUUGUGUUUAUAUGUUUGAUGUAAUAUCGCCGUAGGGGUUCUGGGGUGGUAUUAUUGUUUUCAUUUAUAUGAUUUAAUUGCAUUACAUUCUUUAAAAAUUGUUAUUCCCCAGUGUGCUGUCUCUGCUGUGAGUGUGUGUGGGUCGAGCCAAGGUUGGUAACGUCCCUGUGAUCCACUAUAAAAAUUAAAUAAAUCACCGUCAUCUUGACGGUGUGAAUCUUAGCGGCACCUGACCGCUACAAUUUAAUAUAAAAAGGUUCAAAUGUAUGUUAAAGUUAGAUGUGCAGAGUAGUUAAAAUGAGUACUUGAAUAUAAUGGUGUGACUGAGCGUAUGUAUUUAACUUUAUUUACAGACCACAGCAACAGGAAUUAAAGUCCUUUCUGAGUUCA